AUGGGGCGCAAGCGGGAUGAGGAGGAGAUGACCAUGUGGCCGGUGCAGAUCGGCAACGAGGAGGCACGGCACGAAGAGGUGGUGAGUUCGAUGGAGGUAGGGGCGCUGGCGAAGGUGGAUCAUGACAUCGAGAAGGGCUUCUUGAAGUCCGAGUCCAUCGAGCCCAGCCGAAGCGUCUUAGGGGCCGCUGCGAUGCUCGCGCGGAUGUUCUAUCGGGACGCCUCGUUGGGCCGACGUGCGGUGGUGCUGAGCAUUUCAGUGUUUGCUUUGCUGUUGCUGGAGAUCGGCGCGGUGCUCUACUAUAGCGGCGUGCAGAAGAACUACAUGACGGCACUGCAGGAGAAGAACGUCGAAGCUUUCUAUCAUGGUCUUUGGAUGGUGGCUGCGGUGUGCCGCGCACUGCGCCACGUGUUGAUCGUGUUCAUCAGCCCCAUCAUCGCCUUGCAUGAGUAUACCUCAGGCUUGCUGAAGGUGACCUUUAGAGAAUCCUUAACCCGACGCUUCUGUGGCAUCUACUUGGCGGCGCCCGGUUACGCCGAAGGCGCGCCCUUCUACAGGGCAGUGGCUCGAAUCGAUGCCUUGGUGACCAAUAAGAUGCAGUUGAAUCUCUUCAGUCUGUUAACGAUCACCGGAGAGAUUGAUAACCCUGACCAGCGAAUUUGCCAGGACGUGUCCGAUUUCGUGGGCAUCGCCGUCCAUUUGGUGCAAGAUGUUGUGAGGACCGACGAGAAUCGAUCGGCGGAAUCCGGAGUCGGGAGGACCUUCUUGAACAUCUUCGGCUUCGCCACGGUCUUGUAUUCGAUCUCCCCAGCCGCCUGCUUUGGCGUGUUGAUCUACUCCGUCACCGGCACGUUGAUCGCCACCAGAGGUUUUGGACCUUGGAUCGGCUUCUAUCAGCUGCAGCGAGUCAAGCAGGAAGCCAACCUGCGCUAUGACCUGAUUCGCGUUCGCGAGAAUGCGGAGUCGGUGGCCUUCUUCGAGGGCGGUACUGCUGAGUGGUCCAAGUUUAGCACGCUCUUCAACGACUUGCUGACCACGGUGUACCGAAGCGUCGUGGUCGCCUCGGGCUUCGGGAUGUUCAAUCGGUCCUUCCACUGGGCCAGCAUGGCUUUCAACAUCAUCCUCGGUGCUCUGACGCUCAUCAUGGACAAGCUUGAAUCCCUGACGGACGUGGCCGUGCGCAUUCGCCGUCUGGAGGACUUGGAGCUCGCCUUAAGGCGCUGCAAGAACGAGGCCGACCGACCGCCACGAAAGGCUCCGAAGGAUUUGGAAUGGUUUGGGGUGCCGGAGUUGAGGAGUGUUGAGGACAACGCAGAGUCAGGCGCCGAUGAACUCCUGCGCUUUCGGGAGGCGCUCUCCGUCACACUGCGCACGCCUCCACGGCAAGGGAUGCUGCAACAGACACUGUGCCAGGAGCUUUCCAUGGAGCUGAAGGAUGGAGCUUUGGACGAAGAACAUGAUUUGCAUUGUAUCGGUAAGAGCUCCCUGCUGCGCGCCGCCGCGGGGCUCUGGGCCGAUGGCUGUGGUGAGGUCCAGCUGUGUCAGCGGCGCACGGCGCCGCGGCGGGCAGAGAGGGUUUGUCGAGAGCGGGACAGCUUGUUGGGUGACGUGGACAUCCAACAGGCCUUGAAACAGGUGAACUUACAUCACCUCUUAGAGCCUCGGAUCCAAGGGCAGAAGGGCUUUAUGCGGCAAGAAGUUGAGAUUUCUUCAUGUGAGCAGACGGGGGGUUGGUUGAUGUUGAUGUCUCUGGGGCAACAGCAGCGCAUCAACUUUGCGCGGGUGUUGCUGCGGCCAGAGACGCGCGUGGCGCUGAUUGAUGAAGGCACUUCCGCGUGCGAUCCGGGGAAUGAAGCUUUGCUUUAUGGAUUGCUGCGAGAACGGCUCAGCGGUUUCUUCGAUGCAGAAAGCGGAGCCAUCGACCCGCCCUGCAGCAGUUCCAUAGCCAUGUGCCGCUUGGAUGCCGAUGAGAAUCCGCCGGUUGGAUCGGCUGACAGGUUGUACUUGCACCGGCCGGGGGAGCUUUCGCACGAGCCAACUCGUAUCGAUUUCAUGACCAUGGAGGACCGGGAGCUGACCGAGCAGAAACUCGAGAUCCGCGGGUCGUUGACCAACUGGAACCCAAAGCUGCGGGUCUCGGUUCCGAACGAGACGUUGCGGUCUCCUCCCUCGCGAGCGAAACUGGGUUUGCUGAAGAACCAUGGCCAGCUCAUUGGCUACAGCAGAUUCCUCACCCAGGCCGCAGCGACCUACGCCAGCAGUGCGGCAGUACUGGAGACCUGUUUCGAAGGGGAGGGACGUUCCCGACUAAAGCAGCUGGACAGCGAUGGCCGGGACGGAGUAGUCAUCGGCCAGAGCAUGAUGAACGGAGAUAGCUUAGGAGGUGGCAACCUGGACUUCGACCUCGAAAGUGUGGGCAAUACCAGUGCAACGUAUCAAGCCGAUGCGGACACCUACGUGGCACUGCACACGUGUGAUCCAUACCCCACCCUGAAUGAGACCUGUGCGACUUUGCGUGCCCUGGCGUCGGGAUGGCAGGGGCUACUUGUGCAGGAGGUGUGGCACCAGUGGGGGACCCCAGACAUUUGGCCCUUUCCGGUGUUGAGCGUUGAGCAUCAGACGGGAAAGUUGAGAUUUCGCACCGUGGUUGGUGAGCUGAGCAGUCUGGGCAGCAGCCUUUGGAGCUGGAUCGGCAGCCUUUGGAGCUGGAUCUUCAUGUAUGCCUUUGCAUACACCUUCUUGGCCCUGGGGAUAUUGAACCUGAUCGGCUUCGCUGUUCAUGAUCUCACCCUCCUUUCCAGGAGGAACCAGAACUACAUCCUUGACUUGCCGGCCUUCAAUCAAGGCUUUCCCUACUUCAAGAAGUUUGCCAUGCUAUCAGGCAUCCCCAUUUUGCCAAAGCUCUUCUCGAUCGAGGGCACCGGGCGAACGCUAGCGAUUGCCAUAGGCAUCAUUUUGGCUCCGUUCAUCGUGGUUUGGGCCAUCCUCUUUUUGGUGGUGAUCAUCACGCCUUGCAUGGUGCUCCUAUUCUUUCGAUAUCCAGUGCGCUUGAGCCGCUUCGCGGUCUUCCUCACCUUGUUGGCCACCUCGAUCUUUGGGCUUACCAUGACCAUCAUCCCGCCGCUCUGGCAGCACACAUCGACCUGCAGCGACGGGGAAAACGAUGCUUUCACGAUGGCCGCAGCCACCGGACCCUACGAGGGGUUGGUGUACCUGGGGAAUCUCAAUGAGAGGCCACGCUAUGCGUUAGUCUACCAAAUCCAGAACUAUUCACCCGGAGAAUGUUACUGCGGCUGCUCCUACUUCAUCAACGCUGCCAGCCUGAUCCGCAUCUCCGCCAUCGGGGCUGGUGUGACCUUCAGCAGCUGUUUGAGUGCCUUCCGAUGCCUCAAGGGCCUGAGAAGGGCACAAUGGGCCAACCUCAUGCCGCACAGGUUCCCGGUGCCGGUCACCGUGUAUUCCGUCUUUUGGACCACGCCGAAUGGUGAUCCCAUUCAGCACCGCAAGGAUGUGGAUGCAGCUGGACGGUGGAAGCCACUGGGGGACCGUGUGAUGGAUGGUCCCAAGCUGCCUGAGUUGAAGAAGGGUGAGUUCUUCAAGCAACCGACAGAGGUCAUCGGCUGCUGCGGCUUCCCAUGUCUCACUGGUGGAUAUCAGGUGGAGUCAAGGGCGGAGAGAGCAAUGGCGAUGGCGGUGGGGUGUGCUUUUCCACGGACAACGAAGAUGGAGGGCACACUCAGAGGAACUCAACAGAUGGAAGUGGAUGGCACAUGA